AUGAUCUCAUGGUCUGGAUAAAAGACUUGAUUGGUGGGUCGCAAUGCAUUUCUGCUGGAUGUGUUCAAGAGUCAGUGCGCAAGGCUGAGCACAGGAACGGAAAGAGUCACAGACGCCCUAGAAAAGAUGCGGCGGCUAAAGCUGAUGCAAACAAUGUCCUCGAAGAACGCGAUCCUCAGUGCGAUGUGAUGCUUAGCCAGAUGAUGGGUCGGAUUUGAUCAAAACCUGGAGGAAAACUUGAGAUGGGUGAGUUUCAGAACAAGGAGCUGUAUCAGAAGACGUUCGCCGACGAGGAGAAGCAGGCCAAGUUCUUGCGGUGGAGGGUCCAAUUCUUGGAGAGGAGCAUCCGGAAGCUCGAUUUCAAUCCGGGUGGCACUUGCACUAUUUUUCAGGUGAGCAAUCUCAAGAAUUCCCUGGGACCGGGGAAGCACGAGCUCCGGAUCGCCAACAAGCAGGCUCUCCAGAUGCUUCAGGACAACUAUCCCGAGUUUGUGGCCAAGCAGGUGUUUAUCAAUGUUCCCUGGUGGUAUCUGGCGUUCUACGCAAUGAUCAGCCGUUUUUUGACCCAUAGGACCAAGAGCAAGUUUGUGUUUGCAAGCCCCUCAAGAACCGUGGAGACGCUUUUCAAGUAAAUAGAUCCAAACGCAUUUUGGUGCAUUAAGUUCUAAUCAUUUCCUCCUGGAGCCUUUGUUAUAGUCGAAACAUUGUGCUUGCAUGAUUGGCUGGUACAUUUCUCCUGAGCAAGUACCGGUGCAGUAUGGUGGCAUGAGCAUAGAUUAUUGCGACUGCGAUCCCUAAUUUAGUGUUUCCGACCCUGCAACCAAGAUGACAGUUAAGCCAGGGACCAAACAAAUUGUGGAAAUCAUAAUCUAUGAGAAAUGUGUUAUCACUUGGGAGCUCCGUGUUGUUGGGUGGGAAGUCAGUUAUGGUGCCGAGUUUGUGCCUAACUCUGGUGGAUAUUCAAUCAAUAACCAGAAGCCCAAGAAGAUGUCACUUGCGGAUGAGCCGGUGGUGCGUGGAACCUUCAAAGUUUCGGAACUUGGCAAAGUGUUGCUAACUGUUGAUAACCCUACCUCAAAGAAGAAGCUUCUCAACAGGUUCAAAAUUGACCUAUUGGGUGAUUGAGCCUACAAAAUCAAUCAUAGUUAGCUAAACGCAAUAUAUUCUCAGAUAUAUUGGAGAGUAAGAAGUCUCUGGUGCUCAUAUUCAUCCUCUCUCCUGGAGAAAGUUUGAUUGGCGGUCAAUCCUUGUACAGUAUAUGUCACAUCUUCCUUUUGUUUAGUUCAUCAAUUUGUGGUUUGGAUUUUGAAGUUUAGGUUUUAGCUUUCUUGAAACCUUUUUUUUUUUCACAUGGUCGUCAUUUCUUGUUUUCCCCUCCUGGUGAUGAGAGGCGCGAUCUGGAAAAAUUUUGAAUUUGGAGUACCAACUUGCUCCCAGUGGCUAUGUUGGAUACCUCUAGGUGGUGGGAAGAUAUCGCCAUGGAGACACUAGUGGUAUAGUGUGGCAUCUGUAUUGUUUUUUGUUCUGUUCACUGUUGAAGAUGAUUUGCAUUUGCUCUUGAUGUACAUUAAUGGAAUGUGCUUGAAGUUGACAUAUGUCAGAACUAGUUGGCGCUGGCAAA